AUGUUCACAUUGGCUAUAGGAGAUAUCUUUGUUCCAGACAGGCUGCCGGGCAUUCCUCAAAAAUUCCUUAAACUUCUAGCGCCCAAUGCUGGGAAAUAUCCGUCCAAUCCUAGAAUUUCGCAGGUGGUAUGCUUAGGCAAUAUCACCCAGUCUAAAGAGACCCUCGAGUUCCUAUACAACAUAUCCCCUUCGUUACAUAUAGUGCAAGGAGAAUAUGAUGAUGCUAGUAUUGUAAGCCAGCAAUUGGAACACAUACUGGGCAGCUAUGCAUCGUUACCUCAGUACAAGGUGGUUACGUUGGACAACUUUCGCAUAGGGUUCACUAAUGGACACCAAAUAAUGCCGAGAAACGAUCCAUUGUCACUAUUAGCAUUUGCAAGGGAGAUCAAUGUUGACAUUUUGAUUUGGGGUGGAACUCAUAGAGUUGAAGCAUACACUUUGGAUGGCAAAUAUUUCAUAAAUCCGGGAAGCGCCAGCGGAGCGUUUCAUUUUGGCUGGCCCGAAAUUGAUGAAGAAGAGGAAGAGCAAAAGGAUGAAAGCAAGCAAGAAGAUAAUUCCGAGGAUACAAAGGAAUCGGAGGAAGAUAAGCAUGAUAAGGAUGACCUAAAAGAGGGCGAGCCCGAGGAGAAGAAAGACGAUGAAAAAUCUGAUACCAAUGAGGAAGAUGGUCAGGUUGAAAACCUCAAUGAGCCUAUUCCUUCCUUCUGUCUCUUGGAAACCCAAGGCCCCAAGUGUACACUCUACAUUUACACCUACAUCAACGAUGAGGUGAAAGUGGACAAGGUCAUCUACCAAAAAGAAUAG